UCUUCUUCUUCAAUCUUAAAUGAGUAGCAACGUCAUUUAUUUUCUAUCAUUAGCAUACCCCAAUUACCAAACCCAACGGUUCUCUUCUCCUUAAGAAAAAAUACUAAUAAAUUUGCAAUUUUCAUUUCAAUUCUUUGUAAAUAAAUACUGCUUCCGACACAAACAAUUAAAUAAGGUAUCUACUGACAGCAAAAGCUAACAUCAUGUGUGCUGUGUAAAAUGGAAAACAGUUAAUGCUCACUAACUCACUCACCAUUCUUCUUCUUCUUCUUCUUUGAGUAGAUAAUUGAGGAGACAUGAACACUACUUCACUUUCAAAGCCACUACUACUAGUAGCAGUAAUUGCAUUCUUUGUUUUGUUUUUUUGUUGUGAUUGCAAUGUUACUUAUGAUAGAAAAUCUCUUCUCAUCAAUGGCCAAAGAAGAAUCCUUAUUUCUGGCUCCAUUCACUAUCCUAGAAGCACCCCUGAGAUGUGGGAAGAUCUAAUUCGUAAGGCCAAACAUGGUGGUCUUGAUGUUAUUGACACUUAUGUCUUCUGGGAUGUUCAUGAACCAUCUCCUCACAAUUACAAUUUUGAAGGAAGAUAUGAUCUAGUAAGGUUUAUUAAGACAGUGCAAAAAGUGGGGCUUUAUGCCAAUCUUCGCAUUGGACCUUAUGUUUGUGCUGAGUGGAAUUUUGGGGGAAUUCCUGUUUGGUUGAAGUUUGUUCCUGGCAUAAGCUUCAGAACAGAUAAUGGGCCUUUCAAGGAAGCUAUGCAAGGGUUUACUCAGAAGAUUGUUCAAAUGAUGAAGAAUGAAAAGUUGUUUCAAUCUCAGGGUGGUCCAAUAAUUUUUUCUCAGAUUGAGAACGAAUACGGACCAGAGAGUAGGGCAACGGGAGCUGCUGGCCAUGCAUACAUAAACUGGGCUGCUAAUAUGGCUGUAGGAUUGAAAACAGGAGUCCCUUGGGUGAUGUGCAAGGAAAAUGAUGCCCCCGAUCCUGUGAUUAAUACAUGUAAUGGAUUUUACUGUCACGACUUCUCUCCAAAUAAACCGUACAAACCUAGCAUGUGGACUGAGUCUUGGAGUGGCUGGUUUACAGAUUUUGGUGGCCCAAUUCAUCAGCGACCAGUUCAGGAUCUAGCAUUUGCAGUUGCUCGUUUCAUUCAGAAGGGUGGCUCAUAUGUGAAUUACUACAUGUACCAUGGAGGAACUAACUUUGGACGAUCAGCUGGGGGUCCAUUCAUUACUACAAGCUAUGACUAUGAUGCUCCAAUUGAUGAAUAUGGUUUGAUUAGGCAACCAAAAUAUAGUCAUUUGAAGGAGCUUCAUAAAGCUAUCAAGCGAUGUGAGCAUGCUUUGGUUUCAUCGGAUCCUACGGUUACAUCCUUAGGAACACUUCAACAGGCUCAUGUAUUCCAUGCAGGAACUGCAGGAUGUGCAGCUUUUCUAGCAAACUAUCAUGUACAGUCUGCUGCUACUGUGAUUUUCAAUAAUAAGCACUAUGACUUGCCUCCGUGGUCCAUAAGCAUCCUCCCCGAUUGUAGAACUUCUGUAUUUAAUACUGCAAAAGUGGGAGCUCAAAAUUCAGUGGUAAAAAUGCUUCCUGUCGAUUCUAGGUUCUCGUGGGAGACCUAUGAUGAAGAUCUAUCUUCUCUGGAUGAACGCUCGAGGAUUACAGCUGUUGGACUCUUAGAACACCUCAACGUUACCAGAGACACCAGUGACUAUCUAUGGUACAUAACCAGUGUUGACAUAAGUUCAUCAGAAUCAUUUAUUCGAGGAGGACACAAACCCAGCAUUAAUGUGCAGUCUGCAGGACAUGCUGUCCAUGUGUUUGUUAAUGGCCAAUUUUCAGGGUCGGCUUUUGGGACAAGGAAACAGCGAAGUUGCGUGUUUAGUGGACCAGUUAAUCUACAUGCGGGAACAAAUAAAAUUGCUCUUCUUAGCGUCACUGUUGGAUUGCCAAACGUUGGCCGACACUAUGAAACAUGGGAGACAGGGAUCACUGGUCCAAUUUUUCUCCAUGGUCUCGACCAUGGCCCAAAAGAUUUGACGCAUAAUAAAUGGUCUUAUCAGGUUGGCCUAAAAGGAGAGGCUGUAAAUUUGGUAUCACUGAAUGGGAUCUCAAAUGUUGACUGGGUUCAAGAUUCACUAGCUUCUCGAAGCCAGUCACAACUAAAAUGGCACAAAGCAUAUUUUAACACACCUGCGGGAAACGAACCAUUGGCUUUGGACCUAGGAAGUAUGGGAAAGGGCCAAGUAUGGAUCAACGGGCAGAGCAUAGGAAGAUAUUGGAUGGCUUAUGCAAAGGGUGACACUGACUGUAAUUCCUGCAGCUAUUCUGGGAUAUUCAAGCCUGCGAAGUGCCAACUUGGUUGUGGACAACCCACUCAACGAUGGUAUCACGUUCCAAGGUCGUGGCUAAAGCCAACACAGAACUUGAUAGUAGUGUUUGAAGAAUUAGGCGGAAAUCCUUGGAAAAUAUCUUUGGUGAAGAGAACAGUACAUUCUGCAGGAGUUCGUGAAUAGUGAACCCAAUUGUUUGAUACUCAUGAAUUCUCCGGCUUUGCUUUGCUUUGCUUGAAAGAGGGUAGCCUUGAAGCAAUAAUAAGUUAUAUAGCUUGCAAUAAAUCAGAUUCAGUUUGUAUGCGACUUCGUUUAGGGGCUAGGUUUGUGUCCCUGAAGCCACUGUGAUUUUUACAAAAUAAGCAGUCUAGAUUAUUAGUAUUUUUUUUUUGGAGGCAAGCCUAGAUUAUUAUUUGUAAUUUACAAUUUUCGACGUGUCACUUUAUUGUAUCUAGUUGGAAGAGAAAAUUACUAUCUUAAGACGGGGCAUUCUUUCAUUUAUUUUCUUCUAAUUUGUCUGUUCAUACAAAGUUUAAAAUAUGCUCAGGGCAUUCCAAUUAUGUACA